UUGGGGCCCACUUUUCGGAAUUUUUAUCUUGGAAUCGAAGUGAUUAAUCAGACGAACAAACUGACUAACAAGCGGAAGUAUCAUUACAUUUUAGCUAUUACCAUAUCGUAGGCCUGUGGCUUAGAUUACAGCACGUUCUUCCCUAACCAGCAAAGAGAAUUAACCAUCUUUCAGUUUGCGCUAGUUCUCUUGGAAUUCCACCAAAAUAGAGCCUCAAAGACGGGCAAAGGGUUUUUAGUCAGCGAUAGGACAACCRCCCCGUGUUGGCGUCAUAACUCAUUAAGUCAAAAAUUGAAGGUUAAGAAAACCAGGCAACAUGGCAGAUAUACUAGGGAAUAAUAGCAUCGAUGGAUUAACGAAUUCACUGAAUUGGAGUUCAAUAACGUCAAGKAAACCUACUACAUCCGUCAACGAUGCUGCUCUUAUUGCUAUCUACGUAGAAGUGGAAUUUUCCUCUGCAUUUAUUUUGGUCAUUCUUUCGCCAAUAACUGUCUUCACGAAUGGGAUUUUUCUUUUGGCUUUGUAUCGAGACUCCCUAAAAUGCUUCAGAAAGAGUGCCUCGACGUUUUUCGUGGCUGGAUUAUCAUUAGCUGACUUUAUUACAGGAUUACUAGUCGAGCCAGCAUUUGUUAUCCAUUACUUUUUGCGCUAUUUAAAUUUUGGUCCAGAUGUUCUUCAARUUACAAAGCUGAUCUAUAAUAUCGGUGGAACUCUUUCUACUAUAGCUAUCAGUACAUCAUUCGUUAUUGUGUUAGCGAUGUCUUUAUCUCAGUAUAUUGCUAUUCGUUAUCCACAUCAGUACAAGACGAUUGUUACUUCAAAAAGAGUGAUUCGACUGGUUGGGAUAAGCGGUUUGUAUUUUCUGGGGUUCAGUAUGCUGCAAUUCACUGGCAUCAGUCGGAAAAGAUUUCUUCUUUUAGAUGUUAUUCUACACCCRACUUUGAUAUCGUUUUUACUCAUUGUUGUUCUUAUUUUAAUGAGAAAAGCUUUCCAAAAACACGUCUCCAAACCCGCGAGGAACAGAACUUCUCAAAUCUCAAGACAAACCAGAGGCUCCCGGAAUGAGGGUACUAAUCGUUUGGAGGUGACUUCAUCGCUGACUAUCCGUCCAGUUUCUGCAAGUUCUUCAAGAAUUCAAGUCAAUUCAACUCAAAGAAGCUCUAUGUUGUCUCAGUUAUCAGGACAAGAUGAAAUAAGCUGCAAGCGUCCACUACAUCACAAUAACAAUACGUCUGUGGACGUACGAUUAACUCCAGUUGAAACAGCUAACCUUGAUGCAACUAAUCCGUGCAACGGGGAUAACUACAGCACAACCUACCAUCAUGAUAUUGAACCGAUUAACRCGAUAAUCCAAGAAAGGAAUGGCAAAGAAGAUUCAGUGAUAGACACAGAUAAUAACGCAAAUGGAUUGAAUAAAUUUGAUCAAGACAUAGGAGAAGGCGAUAAAGAAAAUGAUGCACACAACUCAGCUCCACGGCAGUGCCUCUCAUUGCGAUUGAAAACACUAAGACACUCGUUUUAUCAUAAAGCAAGUAGAAAGAAACCUCCCGUGGAAAGGCAAUUUGCAAUAAUGAGUUUUUAUUUGGCAGCGAUAUUAUUAGUGUCUUCUAUUUCGCACACUGUCGUUUUUUAUGUUUUUCUUCUCAAAACACCAGAGAGUGUUCGAGAGGAUGUUUAUGUAAAUAUUGCUUUAAGAGUUACWGAUCUGAUGUUGUUUUUAAAGGUUUCUCUUGAUGCGUUUAUAUACGCAUGGCGUUUGCCUGCCUACAGGAGAUCUCUCGURAAAACUAUUUCUUGUGGGAGAAUACAACUAGCAGAUGACGUUUGAAUUGCUCAUAUCUAACGCCCGUGUGUUUUGUCAUGGGUGAUCAACACGAUGUCAGUAAUGUUCUUUAAUGAUUCUGAUGAACAACAAUUAAUAUAAACAGGCCUUAAAAUCUUCACGAUUACCAACAAUAGCAGCAAUCAAAGUUGUGAUUUCAAUUUUAUUUUUAAGCCUAUAAUGAACUUCUUGAUGAUUGAGUAUGGGACUAGCARGUGGUGCUACUGAUCACACCUUCUAAAGUAUAACUAUAGUCACAAGGGAAUACAAAUUAAACAUAGUUCAAAAAGAAAUUGAAUUAAAACAAAACGAAAAAGGGRUUCGUGU